CAGUAGCAUAGUCCGCUGAUAUUGUAAGGUAGUUUUGGGCCAAUGGUUAUAGCCGGUAGAGACUUAGCUAUCAGUUGUUAACGCGGAAUUUUCAAGGGUGGAAGUAUUUAAGCUCAAGACGGUUUUUGUUACAAAAUAAUUGUUUCGCAGGAUUUUUAAAUUUUUGUUUUUAAAAUACCACAUCGAACUGACAUCCAUUAUUUGGAUCUUUUAAAAAUGUCCGCAGCAAGGAGUAAAUACGCAUGGAUAGUGAUUUGUCUGGCUUCAAUUUUUAUCUGUUCAAAUAUUGAAGCUUCAACCCUAGCCAAGCCGUCACUACUCAGUUCAUAUAGUUCAAAAGUAUUACCGGCCAACAACGAAGAAACUAUAGACCGCAGUGGUUCAAAUCGAAAGACUAUUUUCACCCGUUCAGCUGAUUCCGAUGAUAAUUAUGUUGACGAUGCCGAUGAUAGUAAUAACGAUGAAAACAAAUCCCAACAAGAAGAAGAAAUUAGCCAAUCACCUCAUCCUCAUGGUUCACACGGUCCAUUGGGACAUGUUAAGAUUCUUUUAAAUCAUGUCCAACAAGGUGGUGGUAUACAUGCUUUGGGAAAUUCCAUUGGCCCUCACAAUCUAAUGCCAAAUAAUCAUCAUGAAUCUGCAAUCGAAACAGAAAAAGAACGAACAAUGACCAAUGCUGGAACUGGUUUGCAAGUUCUGGAGUUUUUGGGAACUAUAUUUGGAUUGGUUUGGGGAUUCUUAUCGAAUAUACCAGCUCUUUUUGGAAGUAGUAGUGCAAGUGCUAGUGGAAGACAGUAAAUUAAAGUAUACAAAUUAUUUUAUAGUCACCAUAUUAUCAAAAAACUUAUCAUCGGAAUUGAAUAAGGCCACGAAUUCCAUAUGAAAAUCAUGAAAAAAGAUUAAUCCAUUUGCAGUGGAUUCUAUGUGUGAAUGUAAUUUUAUUAGGGGUAACCUUGGAGAGGUGAUUUUAUAUUUCGAUUUUAUAAUCCACAAUGUGGACUGAACAAUUUAGCAAAAAAAUUAAACAUUUAUUGUUUCAUUUCAUUUAUUUAAUUUGAAGCGGGAACUUCAACUAACAAUAAUAAUAUAUUGUAAACGAAAUUAUUUGUCUUUCUUUUUAUUUUUUUAUAAUUUUUAAUAAUGAAUAAUAAUAUAAAAAGAAGAAUUUAA